ACCUUCUCUGUCUAUAAAUACACGCAAGUGUCGGCUUUAUAAAUCUCUCUAUCUUUCUCUCUCCUCUCUCUUUCUCUCUCUACACCGUCGCGUGAGAGCUCCACCGCCAAUUCAUGGCGGCGACGCAGGCGAGUCUUCUCCUCCAGAAACAGCUCAAGGAUCUUUGCAAGAACCCGGUCGAUGGAUUCUCGGCCGGUCUGGUCGAUGAAAACAAUAUCUUUGAGUGGAGCGUCACGAUUAUCGGACCGCCUGAUACGCUCUAUGAGGGGGGGUUUUUCAAUGCCAUCAUGAGCUUUCCAAAUAAUUAUCCGAACAGCCCUCCGACGGUUAAGUUUACUUCAGAGAUAUGGCAUCCAAAUGUUUAUACUGAUGGGCGUGUUUGCAUAUCUAUUCUUCACCCCCCUGGUGAGGACCCAAAUGGUUAUGAGCUUGCAAGUGAGCGCUGGACGCCUGUCCAUACGUGGGAGUGAUUUCUCCUCUCUCAUGGAUAUAAUUAGAGUUGAGAGAAGGCUUAAGUUAUGAGAUGUUAUGCGGUCAUCAGAUCAUUAUUAAUGCAUCACAUAGAUCUACAAUCUAUCAUGCCUUGUGCCUAACAGCCUAAGGCUCAU